AUGGAUCCCACCAGCGGGCACCCCUCGGCGGACAGCCGGCCGGUCCCGGUGCCGGUGGCCCGGCUUGAGCACCUUCACCAGGAGAAGGACCUCCUGGAGGGACGCCUCUCGGCCAUCGAUGGGCUGAUCGAGCAGCACUUCCCGGAGGCACUUGUUGACCGGACGGCCGCGGUGGCCCCGGCCCCGGCCGCGCCCGGUGCCCCCCUCGAGGACUGGGAAAUCGAGUGGGAGAUCGAUCAGUCGAUGGCACGCGCGAAGGCCCCCCCGGAACCCCAGCAGCCCAUGCCCCUGCCCGCCAUGAUGGACUUGUCUUCCGAUGCCCCGGACUCGGACGACCAUUCUACCGAGCCCGACUUCGAUCCGGCCACCGAUUCGGACCAGGACCCGGGCCCGGAGUCGCAAGAGGACCCCGGCGAUCUGGACGAUGGGCACGCUGCGCAUGACACCCAGGAUGACCAUCUCGAUGGUGGCGAUGGUGACGGCGACGCCGGUGAGGACCAUCGCGGCCGCGAUCACCAGGACGAUGAGGAAAAUGAGGAUGGCGCUCCUCGGCUCCGGCGCCGGUGCCACGACGCGCGCCUCACCCUGGACGCGGAUGGCCAAGUCAGCCUGCUGGGGUCCAUCCUGCUGGACCACGACCAUUCUCCGGAGGCCGGGGACCUGGACCGGCCGGUGAUCUUGCUCAACUGGACGGCCAUGUCCAAUGGGGCCAUCAACUCCGACCAGGUGACCAACCUGUACCUGGAGGAUGAGAACUUCGGCCGGCCGGGCUACGAGCCGACCAACCCGCUGGCCAUUUCGUACCUUCGCAUGCAGCGCCGGGUCAUCGAUCUCCUGUAUCACGGCCAGGAGGGCGCCUCCGGAUCGACUGCCGGCCGAAGCACGCGCAAUCGCCAUGGCAACCCGGAGGGCCAUGAUGACGACGAUGACGAGUACCACGACGAGGAGGAUGACAACGAUUACUAUGGCCAGGAGGGGGAUGGCGACUUCUACGGCGAGGAGGACGACUUCUACGGCGAGGAAGAUGACUUCUACGGCGAGGAGGACGAUUUCCACGCUGAGGAGGACGAUUUCCACGCCGAGGAGGAUGACUACCCUGAUCAGGGGCACGAGUCUGCCGAUGGAAGGGACAGCCUCACCCAUGAAGAUGGCGACCUGGAGCACGAGGGCCGCCCCACGCGUGGGGGCAAGCGCUCGCCCGCCAAGGCCCACGGCCCUGGCAUCGAGGAGGGGGCCGCCAUCGAUGAGUAUGAGCAUGAUGAUGAUGAGGAGGAGGAGGAGCAGCAGGAGGAGCAGGACACCGCAGACAGCGACCAUGAGCAUGGGGCCGGCAGCGACUCGGCUCCUCUGUCUGAGGAAGAGCCAGCUGACGACGACGACGACGAUGAUGAUGACGACGACCCGCAUGACUCGCUGCCCUCGGACUUUGAGUCGCACCAGGGCCUGGGCAUGCAUGAUGACUAUGCGUCGGACCUGGCCUCCGAUGGCCUGCCCGACAUGCAGGAGGAGGAGGACUACGAGGAUGAGGAGGAUGCGGCACCGGCACACGACUUCGAGCAGAUGCUCGACCAGCUGUUCGACAUGGGCCUGGCCAUCCACACCACGGCCGACACCUGGGCCGACAACCGGCCGACUACCUUCUUCACUGGCGACGCCACCGGACCGCGCGACUACUGGGCCCCGGUGGAAUACCCCCGGAGUCUGUGCCACGGCAUGCGCGACUCGCUCGACACCUGGCGCUUUGUCCAGUCCCGCUUCUGGUUCUCCGCUACUGAGAAGCUAUCCUUCAGAAUGCUGCAGCGGGAGAUUGCCCUCUGCAACCGGCCUCUUUCCUUCAAGAUCACCCUCCUGGAGGAGCUCCAGCGCCUGGCAACCAAGCAGCCGCACAAGCCCUGCCCGCUGGGCCACUUUGACCCUGCCUCGCCCGCGGCCGAGCUCAACAUCCUCGAUCGCAUCCUGGCCAUGGUUCUCAGCCGGUCGAACGCCCUGCAGAGUUUGGACCACGGCGCGGUCCGGUCCCCAGCUGCCAUCCUCUCUCUUCACAACCGCAUCCGCCAGACCUGGCACGAUGACUUUGGCGGCCUCCCAACAUCGGGCAGCCUGUGAACAUCGGCCCGUCUGUGAGCGUCUCCCUUUCUCCGGCUUUGCCUGCCGUGUCUCCCCCCCUCUCCCUCUGGAGGAUGGACGCCCCUGUGUGUCGACAUACGCCUCCAAGGCACCCCUCUCCCCUUUGUGCCUCCUUCUCGUGGAAGCGCCCUCUCCUCCCCGCCCCCUUCCCCCCUUCUCCGGGCAAUUGCACCAGCAGGGACGGCUCACACUUGGGCAGUUGGAGAAGAGAAAACACAGCGGGGCACCCCGCGCCAAUGCAUCACUUGUUGUCCUAUUCGACCUGCCCAGAUAAAAGCACACCUCGCCGCUCCCGAGGGGAUAGAAGGGGGGGGCAACUUUCUUUCUUUUUUCUUUCUCUCUCUCUCUCU